AAGACUAGUACGCCGUUAAUUUGGUCGUCAAGAAUCCAAAGGAUGCCGCCUUCGUCUCCGCCCAUCCCGCAGCUCCGGAAACUGUUAAACCCUCGCCAAAGCCCUCUCUCACCUCAGCUCACACCAGCUGUGGAAGCAGAAUGGGCACAGGCCGUCCGGUAGCCACCAAGCUCUUGCAGCUAUGGCAGCGAGGCACGGCUGCGAAACCGGCGGCGGACUCAUUGUCGGAAAUGCCUAGGCCGCUCAUCAAGAAUCUGGCGGCCGCCGGAGCUACCGGAGGGAGCGUGUGGGGAACGUCAAAUGUACGCGCAUUGGAGGGGAAGCGGGUGGGCAAGCCUGAGCCAGUGAAUAUCAUCACGGACCUUUGGAAGGAGCGUGAGUACGAUGACGCACUUCAGGUGAGUUCUUCCCCGAAGCUAAAGGUGACGGGGAGGAUGGAGAAUCGGAAUAUCCCCUUUUCGUUCCAGGAUCAUGCCACGCACAUGCGCUUGGUUCGUAUAUCAAAAGUCGAAGGUGUUGCAGCAGCUGAGAAUUAUUUCCACAACCUCCCGGCAUCUGCGAAGAACAAGUAUGCUUAUGGAGCUCUUCUGCAUUGUUAUUGUAAAGGAAUAAUGAAAGACAAGGCAUUGCUGCUGCUCAAGGAGAUGGAAGGAUUGGGUUUUGUUUGUUCUGCUUGGCCUUACAAUAGGAUCAUGAGCAUGUACAUGAGAAUCAGAAAACCUGAGAAAAUUCUGAGCCUAGUAGAGGAAAUGAAACGGCAAAACAUCUCAUUGGACUUGUUUACCUAUAAUAUGUGGAUGCAGAGCUACGCGUGCCUAGAUGACGUGGAGGGAGCAGAGAGGGUCUACCACGAAAUGAUAGAACAUAAUGAUGCAUCCCUUCAUAAUUGGACCAUAUAUAGUUCCCUAGCUUCUAUCUAUGUUAAGGCAGGGCUCACUGAGAAAGCGGAGUCAGCUCUCAAGAAGCUAGAGUCGGUUAUGAAGCCCAACGAGCAAGAGGCCUACUACCAUCUUAUCACCCUCUACGCAGGUCUUCGUAAUCUGGGGGAGGUGCAUAGGGUGUGGGCAUCCCUGAAGGCAGCUUUUCGCAUAAAUACCAACUUUAGCUAUUAUAUAAUGCUUAGCACCCUUCGUAGAUUGAAAGACUUCAAAGGUUUAAAGACAGUAUUUGAGGAGUGGAGGUCUAGCUGCUUGAACUAUGACGAUAAGUUAGUGAUGAUUGCUCUAAGUGCUUAUCUGGGUCAAGACAGACUCGAAGAAGCUGAAGCUCUGCUCACGGAUGCCUCGGAGAAGGCCAAGAGGCCAUUCUUCCGUGGUAUGGAACUGUUCAUGGUAUAUUUCUUGAGGAAGGGUCAGGUCAAUCAGUGCAUGGAGUUUCUGAAAGCUGCCGUGUUCAUGUCCAAAAAUGGGGAGUGGACCCCAAAGGGGCGUACGAUCAAUGUGUUUCUGAUGCAUUUCAAGGGGAGAGGAGAUGUAGAUACCGCAAAUGAAUUGUUCAAUCUUUGGAAGGAUGUAGGCGGUCUCAAAGGUAUUGCCUACAGAUUGUUGCUCAACACCUAUGCAGCUGCAGGCAAAACUGAUCCUGAGAUGCGUAGAAUGCUGGAGCAAGAUGGGAUUGAGAUGGACGAUGAGCUUGAGAAGUUGCUUGGAAAGGUUUGCCCCUCCUCAUGACUUCUUGCUUGCCAACUUGGAUUGCUGUUCAAAGUAAGAAGUGAACCGUCUUCGAUCCGUUCCGGCUGUAGAGCUGUAAGCUAAUGUGGGAUUCUGGUAGUAGCUUUGCUCAUGCUUAAUGAUUGCCGUUCCCUUAUAUAUUUAUUGAGUUUUGAUCUUUUAAAUGGUCCGUUCAGCUCGAGCUCUUUCACGA